CUCUCUUCCGGCAGUAACAAACUGAUGUGCUUUACUUCUGCUCGUUUAUGCAAACAAAGUUGUUAUAGUGCCUCUUAAUUUCUAUGAUUAGAAAAAAGUAGUAAGUGACAAUUGAUCUAUCAUGGGAAAAGUUAAAAAGAUUAAAGGACCUAGGCCAGUAAAAAAUAUUGCUCUUGACAAGCAAAUUGAAGACGAUAAAUUUGUUAAAAGCAAAAACCGUGUAAAGGAGAGAUCAAGACAGGAUGAGGACGACACAUUUGUAGAUUCAAAGUUAACUCAACGAAUCCUAAUCCAAGCCAGAAGACAACAGCAAGAGCUUGAGGAUGAAGUGGGUACAGGAGAUGCAGGUGCGGAGCAUCGGCGACAUGUUAGUCUUGGAGAUGAUCAGGAACAUUCAGAGGCUUCUGACGUUGAAGAGGACACAAAUGAUUAUGGAAAUCCUAAAAUCAGUGAAGAGGAUGAGCGAGAGUUGGAGAUGUUCAUGAGCCGUAACCCCAAGCCUCAGCUUACUCUUGCUGACAUAUUACGGGAAAAGAUCACAGAGAAACAAACGGAGAUCCAGACACAGUUCUCUGAUAAUGGAAGUCUCCAGUUAGAGGAUGUAGACCCGAGAGUACGCAAGAUGUACGAAGGUGUGCGAGAUGUGUUGGCAAAAUACCGCAGUGGAAAACUACCCAAGGCUUUCAAAUUGUUGCCUAAAGUGCGCAACUGGGAACAGCUUCUGUAUAUUACAGACCCACAGAGGUGGAGUGCUGCCUCCAUGUACAUGGCCACGCGGAUAUUUGCAUCAAACCUGAAGGAAAAGAUGGCCCAGCGCUUCUACAACUUGGUGCUGCUUCCACGGGUGAGGGACGAUAUUGUCGAGUACAAGAAACUCAACUACCACCUCUACCAGGCCCUGCGCAAGGCUCUCUUCAAGCCUGGGGCGUUCAUGAAAGGCAUUGUCCUACCGCUGUGUGAGAGCGGAGGUUGUACACUGAGAGAGGCCAUAAUUGUUGGGUCAGUGGUUGCCCGCAACUCUAUUCCCAUGCUACACUCUGCUGCCACGCUCUACAGGCUUGCUGAAAUGGACUACUCAGGCGCUAACUCCAUCUUCCUGCGCAUCCUGUUAGACAAGAAGUACGCUCUGCCCUACAGAGUCGUUGAUGCCGUUGUCUUCCACUUCCUUAAGUUUGAAAAAGACAAGAGAGAGUUGCCUGUCCUAUGGCACCAGUCGCUGCUAACUUUUGCUCAAAGGUACAAAAACAAUAUCAGCUCCGAGCAGAAGGAAGCCCUACUAGCACUUCUACGCAGCAAGUCGCACGCCACCAUUACACCGGAGAUACGGAGGGAACUCCAAAGUGCACAAUGUCGAGAUACUGUUGUUACUGAGCCUGAGCUUAUGGAGAAAUAGUUUUGUUUUUAUCUGUAAAUAAAGUUUUAUUAUGAUUUUGUUA